AUGCGGUCUGGCAAUACCCGCUCCUUUAAACGCGGCUUUCUCACCAGGUCCCAAACCAAACCCAUUAUCCCUGUCCGUAACCCGGGCCGUGAGCUCUCCCACCUCCUCCACCCUAGUCGCAGCUGGCCUUUGGUACGAAGCCGAAGCACGCUUGGAACCACGACGCUGGAAGAGACAGCUGCCCUGGAGAAGUUCAUCGACCAGUUCUUUGAACAACCCGUUGCUGUUAGCAGUCAGGCGCAAGUGCGUUUACAUCGCAUGAAGAAGCAGCGGUUUGUGAGGAUGCUGUAUCCGGAGGAUGAUGAGCAUAUUGGAUAUUCAGGAGACGAUGAAUUUUCAGACUGCGAGGAGUAUCUGGAGGUUGAGGAUGAUAAGUCCUCGGAUCCAGCCGACUUGGACAGCGAGGAAGGUGAGUUCGUCGACGCUCCAGAAUCCCCCCAAUCCAUGGAAAUAGUGGACGACGGCUAUGAUUCCUCUAGCCCAGACGACAUAGAUUCUCUCAACGAGUCGAUGUCGGAAGUGCAACUGGCCGAAUCGAUGCUCAACACCAGCAGCCCUGACCGGAGCGCGCCGGGCCUGAACUGUCACGUUUUCAGGGUUCCGCCAAAGGACGAGUCCAUGUUUUCCAGUGUUUCUACGAAUCCACCCACACCUGACAGCUUUCAAGAGGGGUGUAAGGAUAAGGUAACAUGA